AUGCCUCCAUCACUGGGUGCCAAUUGGCGGCUGCAGCUACCUCGUGGAAAGCGGCGUCUUGAUUUUGACGAUGAGCCUACGAAGGACAAAAAACGGGAGGUCAAACCGCCAAGCAAGUCCCAACCAAACAUCAGCAUCCACAACAGAACCACACCUUCAGGUUCAGGAAGUCAGAGCAGACAACACGACAGGGCACCUCCGGGCAAGCCCACUUCCCAAAAAGACCAAAAAAACGAUGGGCCUCGACUGGGUCUCAGUACAGAAGUUCACCCACUUUUGAGAGACCUAGCUGCUGUUCCUCAGGCCAAAGCUGGACCCAAAAAGCCACGAAGCAUCUUUGACCCCGCGUCGCUCAAUCCUUACUUAGACCAGACGGCCGCUGGAGCUCCGACCCACAGACCGAGGCCGCUUUCGCUCAAUCCACAAGGGAAAUACGUCGCACAAGGUGACCAGCUACGAGAGAAGCUCAAGAAAGAAGAAGCAGAGGAGCAGCGGAAAAACGAACUAGCCAGCAAAAACCUUCUUCCUGACGAAAAUAUCGGCGAACAGCUAUACAAGCCCCAAUGGCCUCCGUUGAUCGAAUCGUGGGAUAGACCGUUUCUCCAGAAAAGGCUGUACGACGAGUUCAAGGGCGAUUUUGUAUACGAUUCUGAAGAGGCGCCUGUUUCCCUCUAUAUCCAGCAUCCUGUCCCUGUGUACGUGAACAGGACAGAGGUGGAGCUGGCGUUGCAUCUUACGAAGAAGGAAAUGAAGAGAAAGAGAAGGAACGAGAGACUCGCCAGGCACAAGGAGAAGCAAGACCGCAUCAAGCUUGGGUUAGACCCACCUCCGCCUCCUAAAGUGAAGCUUUCGAAUUUGAUGAAUGUGCUCACUAACGAGGCCAUCAAGGACCCUACUGGAGUCGAGAUGAAGGUGCGACAGCAAGUCGAAGAAAGACAUCGUCAGCACAUGAAAGUCAACGAGGAAAGGCAAUUGACGCCGGAACAACGCCACGAAAAAAUUCACCAGAGGCACGAGCGGGACUUGAGCCGAGGGAUCUUCACCACGGUGUAUCGCGUCGACAAGAUGGACUCCAAACAGCAGUACAAGGUGGACAUCAACGCGAAGCAGAUGGAGCUCCACGGGAUGGUUUUGUUCAAUCCCCGCUUCAACUUGGUCAUUGUCGAAGGUGGCGAAAAAGCAAUCAAGUUCUACAAAAGACUCAUGACUUCACGUAUUGACUGGGAUUCGCAGCCAAACGGAUCUCCGUGCGAAGUGGUCUGGGAGGGUCAAUUGCGCCAGCUCUCCUUCAAAAAAUGGUCACGCAUGUACACGUCGUCUGACGAGGAGGCCACAACGUUGCUAGCCCGUUUUGGAGUCGAAAACUACUGGCGUGAAGCAGCGGCGGUAUAA